ACGGACGUUGGUAGCCGAUGCGAGUUUUAUAUGGUGUUGAAGAUUUUUUUAUAUAGAAAAUUGGCAGUAUGAUAUAUUUUUUACAUGCAUUUCAAGCUUUUUUUUCUUUUGCACAGACGGAAGUGCUAAACAAAUGCAUGCCACUUCAGAGAAUUGGGAUGCCUUUCGAUAUGAGGAUUCGUAGACUACACUAAGAGCAUGAACAUAAAACGGAAUUGCCAUUCUUAACCUUCGUGUAGACCCAGAUGCCUCCUCUCCCCCUUGACGAGCGCAUAGUGGUUAUUCAGCGCCCUAAAAGCUUGGCUCUAUGUGCAGGUUCCCCACAGACCACCCCACAGUCCCACUCUCAAAUAUCGGCCACCAAAAACGGACAUCUCGCCCGCCCUCUCCAAGCCCACCCUCCUUCGUCCUGUCCCCAUCCACCCUCCUCAAACUCCCACUCUCUGGUAUGCAAGCGCAGGUCAUCCCGUCUCCAGGUAGCCAAGGGCGACAGGGCCGUCCUCACAGAAGGCGUCAACUACAACCCUAGCCACUGUCAUAGCAACGGAACGGUGACUCUCGGGCCUAGACCGCACACACACACCAUCGACAUCCGGGUGUCCGUAGACAAAGGCACAAAAGAGGCAGGCCGUAGCAACUCGUUAAGCCGCGGCGGGAGUGUGAGGGGUAACCGGGGGAAACGGGUGUCGUUACGCUUGGAUCAGGUGUCCGUGGAGAGGAAGACCGGGGCUUCGCCAGGGAAGCCGGUCGUCGUGGUGCAACAGUGCCGGAACAACACGCCGAAGCAGAGUAGGAACGCCGGAGGAAGCCACGCCCAGAACCACCUAGCUGUGAGCCCCGGAGGGGUCCUGGAGUUUGUCCCGGCCCAGAGACAGACGUCCAGGAGAGGGAAGGAGACGCACAGACCUCUCUCCCUCAACGCCACACUCUCUCCCCAAGGUGAUCGGAAGGUGCCGUCCACGGGUGACAAAGAGAACUCCAAACUGGGACCCGUCCAUCAACCCUCCAACCCUCACAGCCUUCCCCGCCACCAGGCGUCUGUCCCCGUGCCCCAUGCCUCCGUCGUAAACGCCCACUACCCCUCAUCCCCUCCACCCCGCCCCACCCUCCCCCCUGCCUCCUUCCAGCAGCUCCACCAGCCCCGGCCCUCCAGGAGCCGGGAUUCCAGGCCUCACUUCCUUCACGGCCUGCCCCUCUCCCCCUGCUCCUCCCAUGGUGGUGGCUUCCCCAGCCCCGACCACACCUGCACCAUAGACUUCUCCCGCCCCUUCACCUGCGGUUGCUGGAAGCUGAUUCGCUGCCGAGGGGGCAGAGGACACUCCACGGGCUGCCAGGCGGGCGGGGGGAGUCCGUCGUCCUCCUUAUCCUGCGCCCACCAGGCUGGAGGGGGGAGCCGAGGCACAGCGGCCAUGGGUUUGAGAACCCUGGGAGGGUGUCUGUCCACGGCCUCCACCACCAACACGUCCUCCUCCAACAGCACGGUGUCGGACUGCCGCACGGGCCUCCUCCGGCCGCUCCGUUGCGCCUCCUGCGCUGGCGAGGCCGGAAGUUUCGAGAGUCCGGCCGCCUUCCGCAAAAAACUGGUGGGGGGGUGCCUGCCGUGCGCCCCUCUGUCCUCCACCGCCCCUCUCCGAGCCUUGCAGAGCUGCGUGACCGGCUGCAACCCCAAAACCAGCCAGGCCGGCAGCUCCACCUGCAGCUACUGCAGCAGCGACCCCAUCGUCGUGACCUAUGACCCCCGCAGAGGCAAACCCCCAGGGAUGGGACGGGGGAUGGGCGGACCUCAUCCGACGGGGGGGGCGUUCCCGCCGGACGACGACGAUUACAGCGUGCGCACUAUCUGGCCCGAGGAGCUGGCGAAGAAGAUGACUCGAUCGAAAACGCAGCAGAACCAUCAGGUCUGCGCCGGGAUGGGAGGCGGCGUGGGGAAAACGCACCAUAACCAGAACAGCAGCAACGGGACGAGCCCCAUGAUCCUGGACUGUCGGAACCUGUUGGAGUUUACGCGCUCGCAGGUGACGGACCAUGCAGGCCGACGCAGGCUUCAGCAAGGCAAGAUGGCCGUCCUGGAUUUCAUCGGGUCCGGGUCGGUGUCUGGACGAGAUCAAGGCCGGGAUUCGCUGAAGAGGCUCUGGAGCAAAGGAGAGGGGUCAGGGAUGGGGGAUGGCAUGGGGCAAGAUGAUGAUCUGACCUACCCUCGCUCCCCCUCACCCCGCUCGCCUUCUCCCCAGUCCCCCCCUUCCUUCUCUCCCCCACCUUCCACCCCUGGGACCCUCAUAAAGCCUAAGCCCAGGCAGAGAGACCGGGAGGGCGGGCACUCCCUUCCUUCUGCCCAGUCCCUCCACCUGGUCCUCAACUCACUCAACAGAGAACAGGACGAGGAGAACGGUCGAGGGCACCUCACCCUGCCUCUGUCCUCCUCCCUGCCCGCCUGCCUGUCGGACGAGAGCGGGAUGACCCCUGACGUGGAGAACGCCGUGAUCAGCCCCAUCCUGCCCUUCCUGUUCCUGGGGAACGAGAGGGACGCGGAGGAUCUGGACCUGCUGCUGCGUUUCAACAUCGGCUACGUGGUUAACGUCACCACUCACCUGCCGCUGUAUCACCUGGGCUCCGGUCUGGUGCGGUACAAACGGCUGCCUGCCACUGACAACAGCAAGCAGAACCUGCGGCAGUACUUUGAGGAAGUGUUCGAGUUCAUCGAGGAAGCUCACCAGAGCGGCUGUGGCGUGUUGGUCCACUGCCAGGCUGGCGUGUCCCGUUCUGCGACCAUCGUCAUCGCCUACCUGAUGAAGCACACGCUCAUGACCAUGACGGACGCCUACAAAUACGUGCGUGGUCGUCGCCUGGUGGUGUCCCCUAACCUCAACUUCAUGGGCCAGCUGCUGGAGUUCGAGAGGGACCUCAACUCAGGGGUGACUCCCCGCAUCCUGACCCCCAAACUCAGUGGCCUGGAGACGCAGGUCUGAGGAGGCAGAGUGGC